GAACAAAGGUUGGCUGCGUUUGGUCGCCGGCAGCGCUGGCAUUCACGAUUCAAACAUGGCAGCGGCUACUAGCGUAGUUGUGCUCGACAGGGGCAAUAAUACCACCUGCACGAUCAAUUUACACGGUGCCACUGUUGUGUCCUGGAGAGUCAACAAUCAGGAACAGCUGUUUGUUAGCAAGCAAGCGGUUUUUGAUGGAAAGAAACCCAUUAGAGGCGGAAUACCAUUUGUCUUCCCACAAUUUGGGGCAUGGACUUUCGGGCCUGGUCACGGUUUUGCGAGGAUAAUUCGAUGGAACGUGGAGAAGUCACCUGAACGAUUACCGAGCGGGGAUGUCGAGGCUAUAUUUUCCUUAAUGGACAACGAAUUCACACGAUCGAUGUGGAAUUAUCCCUUCAGAUUAACAUACAGGCUAAUCCUGAGGGAGAAGGAAUUGCAUUUCAACAUCGGCGUAUAUAAUCCUAGCAAGGACCACACAUUUAGCUUUAAUUUGCUUCUGCACACGUACUUCAAAGUGCCUGAUGUUAGGAGGUGUCAAAUCACUGGACUUCAUGGUUGUACGUUUAUCGAUAAGACGAGAGACAACCAAGUAUUUCAAGAGGGUCGUGACGUGGUGACGGUUUGUGAGUGGACGGACAGAAUUUAUCAGAACACGCAACCGGAACACAUAAUCACCAACGUCGUGUCCGGAAGAAAGAUGCGCGUACAAAAAUACAAUUUUCCGGAUACCGUCGUCUGGAAUCCGUGGCAAGAAAAAGCACGAGACAUACCGGAUUUUGGGGACGACGAGUUCCCGAAUAUGAUCUGUGUAGAAAGUGGUCACGUCAGUAGUCCUGUCAUCCUCUUACCCGGGACGGCUUUCGAGGCCAGUCAAAUUUUACAGGUAAUGUGAGUAGAGGGUGGGCCAUCUUCCCAAGUGUCCGUAACCGGUGGAUCCAGAGCUGUACUCCCGGUUUCAUCGCCAUCGGGAGCAUCGGUUUGGCCCGCUGAAUCCGGAUGGCUUUAUAUGCCUCCACCACCUCCGCCGCCGUCUCCAUCGUCAAAUUCUCAACAUUUCCACGCACAUUGUAUCCCACAAACCUGCACCAUAUGCUCAUUGAAUCUUUAGUUAGCAACAAGGUACAAAGUAUCGUUUAUCGCUUUCCUAAUAAUUUUUCGUUCUAUCAGAGUCCGAGAAAUAUAAUCGAAAAAUGCCCUCAAAUAUUCUUUAAAAAAGUUUAUUAGGUUUAUUAGCUUUACUAUCAAGAAUUUUAAUUAUGUCUUGUAUAUGAAAAGAAUAUUACACAUUCACUGAGUUAUUAUAAUUCCCAAUUACUGUCACGUUCCUUAUUGUCUAUUGUUUAACUAUUGUAAAUAGUUUCUUAGACAAAAGGAACUUUAAAAUUAUCAUUACAGUAGAUUUUCACUAAGCGCCUUUUCUCGCCAAGUGUCUAUCCCUUCCAUUACCUCUGAAAUCGGUAAGCGUGGGUUAGAUGCGCGUAAGCGAGACAAUAUUCAAAUAAUCCGCCAAUGCAUCUCGAAAUAUUUCCCGCUCAGCCUCAGGGGCGUAGCUUGACUAAGCGGGCGCUUAGUGAGGACCGCGGUCUCGAGGACAGGGCGCUUUGUGAGAGUCAAUUGUAAUACUCAGGGAUUUGCACGAAAUAAAGGGACUUUUUUAUAUUUGCAAAUUAUUUCCAUAAAUUAAAAAAAAUGGCUAAAAACGAACAGGGUGGUCGUUUUAAUCAAUGAAAAAAUUCAAGGUUCGCAAAUAUUU